GCCUGCUACUGAUAUCUAAGAGUUUGAGUCGAAAACAUUAUCAUGCCUGAACCAGCGAAGUCCGCGCCGAAGAAAGGCUCCAAGAAGGCCGUCACCAAGAGCGCCGCGAAAGGAGGAAAGAAACGCAGAAAGUCCAGGAAGGAGAGCUACGCCAUCUACGUGUAUAAAGUGCUGAAGCAGGUUCAUCCUGACACCGGGAUCUCUUCGAAGGCGAUGGGCAUCAUGAACUCUUUCGUCAACGACAUCUUCGAGCGCAUCGCCGGUGAGUCGUCUCGUCUCGCUCACUACAACAAGCGCUCCACCAUCACUUCCCGAGAGAUCCAGACCGCCGUGCGUCUGCUGCUGCCCGGGGAGCUGGCUAAACACGCCGUGUCUGAGGGCACCAAGGCCGUCACCAAGUACACCAGCUCCAAGUAGAGCAGUCCGACACCGAGACACACCCCAAAGGCUCUUUUAAGAGCCACC